GCAAGCACAAUGUUUAGUUUUAGUUUCAGAGCAUGAUGUGUUAUAUAUCCUAGCAUAAUGCUAUAGUUUGGGGAAAAAAUCACAAAGUACAGCUCAUGCUAACAGGAAAUAAGAUGCACAAUUAACAAUCUUGUUCUGGAUGGAUUAUUGUACUAGUGUAUCUGAAAAGUGUACUUUGGGAUGAAAAUGAGAAUGUUACAACAAAGAGAAGGUUUCAAUGCACAACUUAGAUGUUUGAUUUACUCAGCCUUCAUCCUCACUUUAGCAGCUGUUCUGUCAGCUUAUGUUGCUGUACAUCACGUUCUUGUAAUGAAAGCAGAAAUCUCAUCCAUGAGACAGGAAUUGGAGACAUACAAGUUUCAACGAGACCACAUGGAAGCAUUGACAAAGGACCUGUCAACCAACUGGAGCAGUUCAGUAAAUCAGGUUAGUGAAUUCCUUGGGAAAGGACAGCACCGUAUGGAAAAGUCGAGAGAUGAAAGAGCAAAAUUCAGAGGAAAAAGGUCGCUUCUUGAACAAGUGCAGCAGUCCUUUGUGCAAUUGAUUGCCACACAUGACCAAAGACCACCUGUAAAAGUGAAUAGUUGUUCGAAGUAUAUGCCUGGAAGGCCACAACCAACCUGUCGAGUUGAACGAAGAUCUGUUUCAAGUCAAAACAGUAAACAGGAGACAAUUGUCCCAUGGAUUCUAAGUUUAAAAAAAGGAAAUGCACUUGAUAAAAAGGAUAACAAGAUCUUGGUUAAAGAAGCUGGCUACUUUCUGGUGUACAGUCAGGUGUGGUAUAAGGACAGUACUUUUACGAUGGGACAUUUUAUCCAGAGAAGAAAGGCCAGCAGUGUUGGCAGCGAGCCACGUACCAUAAUCCUAUUUCGGUGCAUCCAAAACAUGUCCGCCUGUUGCCCAAAUGAUUCUUGCUUCACUGCUGGCAUUGCAAAACUUGAAGUGGGCGAUGAGCUUGAACUUGUAAUACCACGAAUACAAGCACAAAUUGCAUUAAAUGGUGAUGGUACUUUUUUGGGGGCAAUAAAACUGCUUUAACUGUUGGCUAAGGCAGUAGUGGAAAAGUGGUUUCUUCCAUUUAAAGAAAAAGAGAGAGAACUAAGCAUAGUGUCCUGUCAAUAUCAACUUCCUUCUUGGCUUGUAGUGAUUGACAUGUGGAUGUAACACAUUUCUGAAAAUCAAAUUGGGUUUCUUUAUCUCUGUGCAAAAAAGUAAUUGAAAGGAGCAAUUGCAAAUAGAAUCUGUAAAAUUGUUUACAUAAUUUCUUUUGUCAUGUUUGAUGCCUUAUGAUUUUAACUGUGUGAACCCUCCUUUAUUGCUUCACAUCUAAGAUGGUUUCAUACAAACAAAACAAAUGACAAGAACUGAGGAAAGAUAAAUGGCUUGCCAGUACAGUAUUGCUUUUAAUUAUGGUGAACAUCAUUGCUUUGUGCUCAAUGGGAUUGAGUUUCUUGAACUUCAGGUUGUCCCAACCUGAGAUUUUUCAGUUCCUCUGUUAAUAACACCUGAAGAAACAGUGUUCCCAUAAAGUAACAAAUAUAUAAGAAAAUAGGGAAGUAUGUGUGACAUAAAACUUAGUUCAGGGGAUGACUACUAAUCAACACGGCUCAGUGGUUGAACACUCUCCUCUGAUACAGGAAGUUGUGGGUUUAAACCCUAUUCCUGAAUCUAAGCUUCCACAUCAGUGCAAUAAUAAGAAAAUGCUGCAUUGUUAGAAGUGCUAUCAAUCAUUAAACUAAUGUACUGUUUGCCUAUUCAGUUUAUUAUUAUGGUAAUGCCAGGGUGUUAUUCAAAGUAGAAGCAGCAAAUUUGCCUCGUGUACUGGCCAAUAUUUUCCUUCAAGCAAACCAUUCCCAAAGAACAAAUUAACUGCUCACUUUUUUCACUAACUGCUUAUGGGACCUUAUUAUGCACAAAGCAACUGCCAACCAUACAAAGAUAGUGACUAUUCUUCAAUAAGUAAUCAAUGUCUGUCUAUCAUUUUGGGACAUCUUAAUGUUACAGAUAGGAGAGAGACAGAGACAGGCAAAACUGUAUUUCUUUCCUCUCACCAACUGUUCAAGUUAGCAAAAUUGCCCUCAAGAUGUGGGCAACACUGAAGAGAUCCCAUUUAUUGCUAAUCUCUAGUUACCUUAAGAAGAUGGUGGUUAAUCAUCUUGAAUUGCUGUAGUCUUUAUGUUGAUUGUGCUGUCAUGAAACCAUUAUGUAAGGAUAUCCCCACAGAACCCACUACAGAUGUAGCCUGUAGUUGUUGCUUUCUUUGUAAAACCAACACGUCAUCACCAUCUCCCACACGUAAAGAAAGCAGAAAAAAAAGAGCAGAAAUGAAGAAUUUGGACUUUCAAAAUGAAUUCUUAAUACCAGUUUUAAGGAAACAAAAGGUUGGGCUAGAAAUCCUGGAUUACUUGCUCAGAGAGCAGAGUUUGGUUAAAAUGAUUAAGAACAAAAGAUUGAGGACAGAAUCGUUAAGCUUGACUGUUCAAGGAGGUAGAUUGGAAAGUUUUGAAAAGUAAUAUGUUGCUCCAGAUUACUGAAGCAUGAAUUACUUUUGUGGAAAUAAAGAAGAGGUUAACUAUAAAACAGCUGGGUAAGCUUGAAAGACAGUCCUACAAAUGUGCAAGUUGCUUUUGCAACAGAGAGAAUGGAGAACUAUCAGCACCUUGUUUUGCCAGUAAGAGCAAUAUAAAACCAGCCAUUUUAAUAAUUUUGUGGAGACAGUUCAGGAGAAGAAGAGACGGUCAAUGAGACAGACCAGAAGAGAACUGAGGAAGUCAUCAAUGAGGAAUGAAUUCUUCAAUCUUCUGAAGCAGAAGAAUUCUGAGUUUUGAAAAGCAAUUUUUCUUUCAAAAAGAUUUCAUAAAUAGAGACAUUGAGAACAAAAGCAGCAAAGCUAUGCUGAACCCUAACAAAGCUCUGUUUAGGCUUAUUUUUCAAAAGCAACAUGAAGAAAAACUUUUUCAUGCAACAAGUGGUUAAUGUCUGGAGUGCAUUGCCUGAGAGUGGGUUGGAGGCAGGUUCGUUUGAAGCAUUCAAGGCGGAAACAGACUGUUAUCUGAAAAAGAAGAAUGCACAGAGUUAUGGAGAGAAGGUGGGGGAAUGGCACUGGGUGAGUUGCUCAUUUGGAGAGCUGGCACAUACACGACGGGCCGAAUUGCCACCCCUUGUGCUGUAACAAUUCUGUGAUUCUGUGAGCUGCAAUGCUGACUAAAAUUGUAAGCAACUUCAUUGGUAAAAGUUGUGUUUUAAGGUUAAUAAAACCAGUUGUUAGAAAUGUUUAAGGGCUCGGUUGAACUUACCUAGGAUUAUCCUAGAGAGUAAAGAGAAAUGAGGAACCAUGCGGAAGAACAAAGAUAGAAAUAAAAAUAUGCUAAGAGGAGAUAAACAAAAUAGUAUAAAAAAUGAAUCAAUACCAGAAUGAAAUCGGACUACUAAGCAAAUUACCACAUUCUCUAACUUAACUUGUGCAAGACGACAGGAAAAUUCUUGAAUUAAGAAUCUUGAACAUGCUUGUACUUCCUGUCAUAUUUGAUACAAUGCUCUCAGUAUUAAACUUCCAUAUUAUCAUGCGAACAUUAAAGUUUCCUAUGUACAUAUUUAUGAUUCAAUUUACCUAUGUAAACAGUUGCUGUAAUUCUUUGCUGAUUAAUCAAUCAAAUACUUUUUUCCAGUUGAUUUUCAUUCCCCAUUUUCUUCAAACUUACAAUACCCAAAAUAAG